AUGCGCACAGGUGCGCUUAAGCGUGCUGCUUGCCAACCUUCCGGAAGCUCUUCUCUUCGUUCAGCUGUUGCUCAACGUGGUUAUGCUACCUGUUCAGAAGAUGCUCCUGAAAUCGACCCAAAGAUCUUCGAUCGCAAGGUUGAUAUGAGCAAUGUCGAAAAAGGAAAAGGUUACUACAUUAACUACAAAAAACUCGACGAAAACAUCAACAUCGUUCGUCAACGUUUAAACAGACCUUUGACAAUGUCUGAAAAAAUCGUUUACGGACAUUUGGACGACCCACACAACCAAGACAUCACUCGUGGUUCAUCUUACCUCAAAUUGCGUCCCGAUCGUGUCGCUUGUCAAGAUGCUACCGCUCAAAUGGCCAUGUUGCAAUUCAUGUCCGCCGGUUUGCCAACUGUUUCCGUGCCAACAACAAUUCACUGUGAUCACUUGAUCGAAGCACAAGUUGGUGGUGUUAAAGAUUUAGAACGUGCAAAGGACAUCAACAAGGAAGUCUAUGACUUCUUGUCCACUUGCUCUGCUAAAUACGGUGUCGGUUUCUGGAAGCCAGGUUCAGGUAUCAUCCAUCAAAUCAUUUUGGAGAAUUACAGUUACCCUGGUUUAUUGAUGUUGGGUACCGACUCACAUACUCCCAAUGCAGGUGGUCUAGGAGCCUGUGCGAUCGGAGUUGGAGGUGCAGAUGCUGUCGAUGUGAUGGCUGAUAUUCCCUGGGAACUCAAAUGUCCAAAGGUUAUCGGUGUUGAAUUGAAGGGUUCUUUGUCUGGUUGGGCCUCUCCAAAAGAUAUCAUCCUCAAGGUUGCCGGUGAAUUGACUGUCAAGGGUGGUACUGGUGCAAUCAUUGAAUACAAGGGUCCUGGUGUUGAAUCUCUCUCAGCCACUGGUAUGGGAACAAUUUGUAACAUGGGCGCGGAAAUUGGCGCAACUACAUCCAUCUUCCCCUUCAAUGAUCGUAUGGGAGCUUACUUGAAGGCAACAAAACGUGGUGAGAUUGCUGAUUUGGCAACUGCAUUCCAAAAGAACUUGUUGCCCGACCGUGAUGCCGAAUACGACCAACAUUUGGAAAUCAACUUGAGUGAAUUGGAACCACACAUCAACGGUCCUUUCACACCUGAUUUGGCAACACCUCUUUCCAAAUUCGCUGAAGCAGUCAAGAAGAACAAUUGGCCUACUGAGCUCAAGGUCGGUUUGAUCGGAUCUUGCACAAACUCUUCUUACGAGGACAUGUCUCGUUCUGCUUCCAUCGCUGAAGAGGCUGCCGCUCACGGAUUGAAGAUCAAAUCCAAGUUUACCAUUACACCUGGAAGUGAACAAAUUCGUGCAACAAUCGAACGUGACGGACAAAUGGAGACUCUUUCCAACGUCGGUGGUAUGGUAUUGGCAAAUGCAUGUGGUCCAUGCAUUGGUCAAUGGGACCGUACCGAUGUUAAGAAAGGAGAAAAGAACUCUAUCAUCACAUCUUACAACCGUAACUUCACUGGUCGUAACGAUGCCAACCCUGCCACCCACGCAUUCGUUGCCUCCCCUGAUUUGGUCACAGCCAUGGUCUUUGCUGGAGAUUUGACAUUCAACCCUAUGACAGAUUCUCUAAAGGGUGCUGAUGGAAAAGAGUUCAAAUUCUCUGACCCAUCCGGAAAAGAAUUGCCACCUUCUGGAUACGAUGCUGGUGAGGAUACAUUCCAAGCACCACCCGCUGAUCGUUCAUCCGUUCAAGUGGCAAUCAACCCAAGUUCAGACCGUUUGGAAUUCUUGCCUGCUUGGGAUGCUUACAAGCCUGGUAAUGAAAAGGAUUUGCGUGUUUUGGUAAAGGCAGAAGGCAAGUGCACAACCGAUCACAUCUCAGCCGGAGGACCUUGGUUGAAGUACAGAGGACACAUUUCCAACAUUUCCAGAAACACAUAUUCAGGUGUGAUCAGCAAUUUCACACACGAAGCAAACCAAUCUUACAACUACGACACAGAGGAGUUUGAAUCCACUCCCGAAGUUGCCUUGUCAUACAAGGAGCAGGGUAAGAGAUGGUUGUUCAUUGGUGCUGAUAAUGUAGGAGAAGGAUCUUCUCGUGAACAUGCUGCUUUGCAACCACGUUUCUUGGGCGCUUUCGGUGCUAUUGCUAAGUCUUUCGCACGUAUUCACGAAACCAACUUGAAGAAGCAAGGAUUGUUGGCAGCAACAUUCAAGAACCCAUCUGACUAUGACAAGAUCUUGAAGGAUGAUGUUUGUGAUGUUGAGGGUAUCGAAAACUUUGCUCCUGGAAGUGAAUUUGUGCUUAACGUUCGUCAUUCAAACGGAAAGGAAGACAAGAUCCCCCUCGUUCACUCUUUCAACGAAGCACAAAUUGAUUUCUUCAAGGCUGGAAGUGCUCUAAACUUGAUGGCAGCUGCCGCCAAAGAACGUGCUGCAAAAUAA